GGCAAAAGCCAAAAUUCCACUCCUCCGCUUUCCUCCUGCUAAUCGCUCAACACAGUGCGCGCUCAAUUCUCCGGCACCGACCUCGAGCCAGCUAGUUGCCGCCGUUCCAGCUGCGUCGCUUUCUUCCAUUCCAUAACCCUAAUUCCCUCCGAAGAUUCAUCAGUUUAUACACGCUCUCUCUGGCUCGCCAAAGGUAUGCUCAAUGCCGCCUUGACCCUCAUUCUCCCGGGAACUCUAGGUUAAAGCUAUUUCUCCCCAUUCGGGCGUACUUCCCCGAUCGAAAUCGCUUGCUGGUUCGCCAUUGCGUCUUGCUGAUUUUGUUGUUGGAGAUGAUUGCAGCCUUUAGAUUUAGUUGUUUUUGUUGAAUUCGUUCUGUACUGGGGUAAUUUGUUCUGGUUAUUUGGCUGAUAGCUGACUCAGCGAUGGGUGUAUCUGUGGAACGACUUCCUUGGGUGCUUGGAAUGUUCUGUAGCGUGAAACUCCUGUCUCAUUGAAUGAUAUUUGCUUCUGUUGCGCGUAAUAACAAUCCACUUAAGCGUCCUGAUGAUUUCAAAUCGCCCAUUUCUUGGCAUUAUCUUUUUUCUGUUUAUGUGCUCACCUGAAAACAUCGGGCUGAGUCCUUGGUGGGCAGUUGUUUUGAGGGGUUUUCGGAAAGAAUUAAGCAGCAAUGACUUGGGUCGUUUUGUGUUCAUGUGUUGAUUUCAUUUCACCUGCUUUAUGGGUAACUGAUUUUGAGAUGGGGCUCGUGUUUUUAUUGGUUAAGGUAGUUCUGCAAUGGCGUCUGUGUCCAGCCAGCCACAGUUCCGUCUUACUCAACCGCCUUCGAAGGUGCUGCACCUAAGAAACUUGCCAUGGGAAUGCACGGAGGAAGAAUUAAUUGAGCUGGGAAAACCCUUUGGUAAAGUUAUCAACACUAAGUGCAAUGUGGGUGCAAACAAAAAUCAGGCCUUCAUUGAAUUUGUGGAUCUGAAUCAAGCCAUUGCUAUGAUAUCAUACUAUGCUUCAUCUUCAGAGCCGGCCCAAGUGAGAGGGAAGACUGUCUAUCUGCAGUAUUCUAACAGGCAAGAAAUUGUGAACAACAAGACAACAGCUGAUGUUGCGGGAAAUGUAUUACUUGUGACCAUUGAAGGUGCUGAUGCUCGCCUUGUCAGCAUUGAUGUCUUGCACCUGGUAUUUUCUGCUUUUGGUUUCGUGCAUAAGAUUACAACUUUCGAAAAGACGGCUGGGUUCCAGGCGCUCGUGCAAUUUUCCGACACUGAGACUGCUACAUCUGCGAAAAAUGCUCUCGAUGGGAGAAAUAUUCCUAGCUAUCUGCUCCAUGACCACAUCGGACCAUGUACACUUAGGAUCACAUACUCUGCUCAUACGGAUCUGAGUGUAAAAUUUCAGAGCCAUAGAAGCAGGGACUACACUAAUCUAAGUCUUCCUGUUGCACCAUCAGCUAUUGAUGGAAGUGGUCUGUUCACUGUGGGUCAGGAUGGGAGAAAGCUAGAGCCUGAAAGUAAUGUCCUUCUUGCAUCAAUAGAGAACAUGCAGUAUGCUGUCACUUUGGAUGUUCUCCACAUGGUCUUCUCUUCUUUUGGACCUGUUCAGAAGAUUGCUAUGUUUGACAAAAAUGGUGGACUUCAAGCUUUGAUUCAGUACCCUGAUGUCCAGACUGCCAUGGUAGCCAAAGAAGCACUGGAAGGACACUGCAUUUACGAUGGAGGCUUUUGCAAACUUCAUCUCUCGUACUCUCGCCAUAAUGAUCUCAGCAUAAAGGUCAAUAACGACAGAAGUAGGGACUACACAAUCCCCAAUACUCCAAUGAUGAACCCUCAGCCUUCACUCUUAGGACAGCAGCCAAUGGGCGGAGGUCCCGUUCAGCCAUACAGCGGAGGUCAGUAUCCUCAGACGGCCGAGCAUCAAAUGAUGCCGCCUCAAGCUUCAGCCGGAUGGGGUGCCGGUGUUCCUCCAGGUCCUCCUCCACAUUCAAUGCCGCAGCAGAUGAAUAGUAAUGCCUACAUGCCAUCGGGUGGAGGCAAUAGUAACGCGUACAUGCCACCACCGGGUGGGGGGAAUAGCAAUGCGUACAUGCCACCACCGGGUGGGGGGAAUAGUAAUGCGUACAUGCCACCAGGUGGUAUGCCCCCUCACGGAGGCCAUGGAAUGAUGCAUAUGUCCUCCCAUGGUGGCAUGCCGCCGCCACCAUCUUCAAUGGGCCAUCAUUAUAGGCCUGCUCAAUAGCAUCUCCGCUUUUGUUCCGGAACGAGGAGAAGUGCAUAGGCUUGGAUCACCAGCUGAACACCAAUGUUGCAGCAAUCUCUUUCCUUUUCGGAUAUCAACAGAGGGUGCAGGCUGACCUACAAGUGUUUUGAACUACUAAGGUUUUGAUUGUUGGCUGUAGAAUCGAAACAUUUUGAUGUAUUUUGUUGGAUGAUAAUGCAGACAUGUUGUAAUGUGGUCGAAUUUUUCCGUUUUUCUCUUAAUCAUGGCGGAUAUUUGCAUCAUUCACUGGCUGUUGAGUUUGCUGCUAUUUCCGGUGUUAAAAAACAGGAGAAUUUGAA